GCAAUAGUCAUUCAAAACGGCUGCACGAAGGGGGCGUGGUUACAGUAUCACUGACACUGACUGAAGCACCGCUGCUCGCGACAACAGUCAGCUGGGGAGAGGCAGGCGAUUGCGCGCGCGCGUGCCGACCAACCGGGAAGCGAAGCGCAAGCCGAGCACGACCCCGUACAACGGCGCAGGCUACAAGUCGAGGAGAUUUCUACCCACUACAUCCAUUCCGUCCCCAUCAUGGCCGACCCAGCGGCUGCGGGGGGCGCGCGAGGCUUCGCCAGGCAGGGCGCGCUGAGGCAGAAGAACGUGCACGAAGUGAAGAACCACAAGUUCAUCGCGCGCUUCUUCAAACAACCGACCUUCUGCAGCCACUGCACCGACUUCAUCUGGGGUUUCGGCAAGCAAGGCUUCCAGUGUCAAGUGUGCGGUUUCGUGGUCCACAAACGCUGCCAUGAGUUUGUUACUUUCUCCUGCCCCGGGGCCGACAAGGGCCCCGCAUCAGAUGACCCUCGAAGUAAGCAUAGGUUCAAGGUACACACAUACUCCAGCCCCACAUUCUGUGACCACUGUGGUUCUCUACUGUACGGGCUCAUACACCAGGGGAUGAAAUGCGACACUUGUAUGAUGAAUAUUCAUAAACGAUGCGUGGAGAAUGUUCCCAGCCUGUGUGGAACAGACCACACCGAGAGGAGAGGACGGCUGCAUAUCAGUGCUAGUAUCACAAAUAAUGUUCUCACAGUGACUGUCAAGGAAGCUCGUAACUUGGUGCCAAUGGAUCCAAACGGCCUGUCAGAUCCAUACGUGAAGCUUAAAUUAAUUCCAGACCCAAAGAGCGAGAGCAAGCAGAAGACCAAAACCAUCAAGUGCUCCCUCAAUCCUACCUGGGACGAACACUUCAGCUUUAACCUCAGAGAUACAGAUAAAGACAGGCGUUUGUCAGUGGAGGUGUGGGAUUGGGAUCUGACCAGCAGAAAUGACUUCAUGGGGUCGAUGUCUUUUGGCAUCUCUGAGCUGCAGAAACAAGGUGUCGACGGAUGGUUUAAGUUGCUGGGCCAAGAGGAAGGGGAGUAUUUCAACGUUCCAGUUCCACCAGACUUAGUGAUGCUCGCCGAGCGUAAAGGCGCAGAUGAGCUGUACGCGGUGAAGAUCUUGAAGAAGGAUGUGGUCAUUCAGGAUGAUGAUGUGGAAUGCACUAUGGUGGAGAAGAGAGUUCUCGCUCUCUCUGGCAAACCACCCUUCCUCACCCAGCUCCACUCGUGCUUUCAGACCAUGGACCGUCUUUACUUUGUGAUGGAGUAUAUCAACGGUGGAGAUUUGAUGUAUCAAAUACAACAAGUGGGAAAAUUUAAGGAACCCCAUGCUGUGUUCUAUGCUGCAGAAAUUGCCAUCGGCUUGUUCUUUCUUCAAUCAAAGGGCAUUGUUUACAGAGAUCUGAAGCUGGAUAAUGUGAUGUUGGAUGCUGAAGGCCACAUUAAAAUUGCAGAUUUUGGCAUGUGCAAAGAGAACAUGUUUGAUGGGACCACAACCAAAACCUUCUGUGGCACUCCAGACUACAUUGCCCCAGAGAUCAUUGCAUAUCAGCCGUAUGGCAAGUCUGUUGACUGGUGGGCUUAUGGAGUUCUCCUCUAUGAAAUGCUGGCAGGACAGCCCCCUUUUGAUGGUGAGGAUGAAGAUGAGCUUUUCCAGUCAAUCAUGGAGCAUCAUGUGUCUUACCCCAAAUCCAUGUCCAAAGAAGCAGUGGCCAUAUGCAAAGGGCUGAUGACCAAGCAUCCAGGGAAGCGUCUGGGCUGUGGACCGGAGGGAGAGCGAGACAUUAAGGAACACGCUUUCUUCCGCUACAUGGACUGGGAAAAACUGCAAAAUAUGGAAGUUCAACCUCCCUUCAAACCCAAAGCAUGCGGUCGAGACGCAGAGAACUUUGAUCGUUUUUUCACCCGCCAUCCUCCCGUCCUGACCCCUCCUGACCAGGAAGUGAUUCAAAACCUGGACCAAGAAGAAUUUCAGGGCUUCUCGUACAUUAAUCAAAAUUUUGCAUCUGUGAAAUCCAAGUAGCCAGUUUUAGCCAAGCUCAAAAUAGGGGCCAAUGAGAUUACAGAUCUUGAAAUUACAUAGUCUGAAUGAGCCAGUGAGAGAGUUCAGCCAGAUUGAUGGAUGAAUGGAGGUAAUUUCUAUUCAUAUUGUUCCUUCCUGCUUAUUAUUUUUUGUUUGAUUAAAAGGAUCAAGGAAAGAAAUUGACUAACUUUGUAAAAGAACCUAUAAAGAGUGAAUGUGUGGCAGCCUUGCGAGAUUUUGACCAUUUGAUGCUUGCAUAUCAUGGACUGUAGUUUUACGGAUAAAUCCAGUGUUAUGGACACAUUUCACCCCUAGAUUAUAUAUAUAUAUAUAUUAUAAUGACAAUGACAACUAUAAUCACAAUUUAAGAAUCAGACAAAAAAAUGCACUCAAAAUGUGAUGAGAAUCAGUGUGAUUCUUCAUUUUGUGAUGUGACAAUGCAAAAAAAGAUUGUAAUGGUUUUAAAAAUUGGCUUCAUUUUAUUUAUCAAUUUGUUUCUUAUUAUUUU